UAGCCUAAAGUCAGUCCCCCCUCUGCAUGGGGAUCAAGCCUUCACUCUCCGCCAAAACUUAUGACAGACAACACCGACACAUUUACACACAGAGAAAGAAAGGAAACCCAGUCUUUUCGCUUGCUUAUCCAAAGGAACUUUCUACAUGACGACUGCGUCCUUUCAGACAAGCAGCUAACCCACGACAAAGUUGUAGGCUAUAUUUUUCGAGGAUUACCUCUACUAGACCGGGAUUUCAUAGCCUGGCGGUCGAGGUUAUGGAUUUUAACCUUCUAACGGACAGUGAGGCCCGUAGCCCGGCACUGUCUCUGUCUGACUCCGGGACUCCUCAGCACGAUCCAGGAUGCAAAGGCCAGGACAACAGCGACACAGAGAAGUCCCAUCAGAACCACACAGAUGAGUCAAACCCAGAGGACGGCUCUUUAAAGAAGAAACAGCGCCGGCAGAGAACGCACUUCACCAGCCAGCAGCUCCAAGAACUGGAAGCCACCUUUCAGAGAAACCGCUAUCCCGACAUGAGCACACGAGAGGAGAUCGCUGUGUGGACCAACCUCACAGAAGCAAGAGUACGGGUGUGGUUUAAAAACCGCCGUGCCAAAUGGAGAAAGAGAGAAAGGAACCAGCAAGCCGAGCUUUGCAAGAACGGCUUCGGCGCCCAGUUCAAUGGACUCAUGCAGCCAUAUGACGACAUGUACUCGGGCUACUCCUACAACAACUGGGCGACCAAGAGCCUGACCAGCAGCCCCUUAUCGGCCAAAAGCUUUCCUUUCUUUAACUCCAUGAAUGUAAGUCCCCUGUCCUCCCAGCCGAUGUUCUCCCCGCCCAGCUCCAUCCCCUCCAUGAACAUGGCCUCCUCCAUGGUGACCUCUGCCGUGGCAGGGGUUCCCGGCUCGGGCCUCAAUAACCUCGGAAACCUGAACAACCUGAACAGCCCCACCCUCAAUUCUGCAGUGGUUUCAGCAGCCACAUGCCCGUACGCCACCACGGCCAGCCCGUACAUGUACAGAGACACCUGUAACUCCAGUCUAGCCAGCCUUCGGCUCAAGGCCAAACAGCACGCCAACUUCGCUUACCCCGCCGUGCAGAACCCCGUGUCCAACCUAAGCCCCUGCCAGUACGCUGUGGACCGGCCGGUAUGAAGCCCACGACCCGAACUUAACGCACUCGUCUAGCCAACACCCAUCGUCACACCCCCCCGACAUCUCACUCCGAGGCAUCGCGCUGGUCUGGAGUGCGAACUUGUUUAUAUUCCGGAGGAAAAGCUCAGCACGGACCGCGAGAGAGAGAAUUUAAGCUCACAAUGGACCAUGCCUCAAAGAACUCGUGCGAAAACAUGUCGAGACUUUGUCGCCGAACAGACCAACUGUUUAAAAGCUUUUGUCCACUGCAUGAUUAUGAAGUACAAAGAGGACCGAAAAACUUUCACUGCACUAACGAGAAGACCUUGAAUCUCGCACCAUCAGUUCAUGUGAUAUUGGUACAGACGAGGGGGUGUACAUAAUGGAUUCUGUAUUGUACGUGAUCAUUUUUUAUUUUUUUUUGAAAUGUAGUAUUUUAUUGAUGAGAGAAGCAUGUUCAUCAAGAGCAAAGCCUGGACUGAUGUACCAUGAUGUUCCUCCUUUGAAGAAUUUUAAUCUUUGUUGUGAAUUCCAUUCACUUAAGGUCAGAGGUCAAGGGUCAAAGGCUGUUGUAAGAUGACAGAGACAAAACCUAUAGCAGUGAGUAGCUUGAGAAGAAAAAAACUCUAAAAAAUUAGGACGUUACAUAAAAAGAAAUGACUAAAAAGCCAUUGAGUAAAUAGAUUUGUGUGGUGUUCCAAAAAAAGGAGUCUGUAAUAUAAUGUAUGUAAGAGUGCAGUUGUUAUAAAAACAAGCUUUUUCUGGUG